ACUGCGCCUUCAGAGAGGUAGGCAGCUGCGGCGCCAGUGUGCGUGUGUAUACCAUUGCUACUGACAUUCAAAUUGCAGCGUAGCCACGUUGGAACUAUCAAGAUUCCAAAAGCGAAAUGGUCUCAUCCAACCUGAGCAGAUAACAGGAUCAUCUUAACGCUUUGAAGUUGAUGGACUGACAGAAACAAUUAAUCCGAAGCAAGACUGUUUAGCUAGCUAGCUAGCUACACGUGGAAACGUAGCUAGCUAGCAAGCAUAUAGAAAGUGAACUGGCUGGCAGCUCUGCAGAGAGGGACUCCUGAAAAACCAAGGUGAUGCAUUGCGAGCGAUAAGAGCUGACCGUCGCCGCUCUUAGCCCCCAAAAUGAGUGCCAAAUCCGCCAUUAUCAAGGAGGUUUUCGCGCCACACGAUGAGAAGAUGCUGGGUGCCGUGCAGGUCAAGAGGAGAACGAAGAAAAAGAUCCCCUUUCUGGCCACCGGGGGCCAGGGGGACUACAUGACCUUCAUCUGCCUGUCAGUGACAAAUAAGAAGCCCUCCCAUGUCUCCAUUACCAAGGUCAAGCAGUUUGAGGGCUCGUCCUCCUUUGUCAAGAGAUCGCAGUGGACCAUCGAACAGCUGCGGCAGGUGAACGGCGUUGACCCCAAUCGAGAUUGCCCGGAGUUCGAUCUGAUGUUUGAUAACGCCUUCGACCAGUGGGUGGCGAGCUCGGCGGGGGAGAAGUGCACCUUCGUCCAGAUCCUCCACCACACUUGCCAGCGGUACAGCGUAGAGCGGAAGCCCGAGUUUGUCAACUGCCAGUCCAAGCUGCUCGGAGGGAACAGCAUACUGCACUCUGCGGCGGACAGCGUGACCAGCGCCGUGCAGAAGGCCAGCCAGGCCCUGAACGAGCGCGGGGAGCGGCUGGGGCGUGCCGAGGAGAAGACCGGGGACAUGAUGAACAGCGCCCAGCAGUUUGCCGACACAGCUCACAAGCUUGCCAUGAAGCACAAGAGUUAAAAGCGUUGCCAAAUCUCUGGGGGAUCUGCCAGGGGCGUGAGCUGCACAGGCCCAAGACGCGCUUCACAGUUUAUUCUUUUUAAGAAUUGUAAUAAUUGUAUUAAUAACGAUAACGAUCUUUGAUUUGUAUCCUUGGACGUUCAGUGUUCGUUACGAGUGACGGUUUGAAGAUUAGCACAGCUGAGGAGUUGAGGACCAACUUGACUGUCAUCCGUCCCCCCCGUCCUUCCUCUGUACUGUCCGAGCUAGACGACAACAUGGAGACUUUCCCCCAGCAAACUGUCCCUCUCUUCAGAGGAGCGGGGCCUUCACAGUCCACUGUCUGUGGCAGCCCCGCAACCUCCAAGAGCUGGGCUGACCUGCCCCGGGGGAACUGCGAGUCACAUGACGCAGUGUGACCAAUUACACUGCAGCUCAUGUUCAUCAUGGCAACAACUCUGUUAGUAGCAUUUGUAAUGCCAGGGAGAGUAGUCGUUCCAACAUUUCAGUCCUUGCUUUGAUUUGAAAAAUGUGGUUUUUAUCGCUUUACUUCUGACAAGUCGGGAAUUAAUUUAUUUCUUUGUUUUCCCGUAUUUUUAAAUGAAAGGCAAAUGCAGAGUGAGGUUUUAAAAAAACUUUUUUGACACGUUUUAGAUGGAUGUUAAAUGAGGAGAUGGAUAAGCUGCUCUGCAGCAUGGGAACAGUAAAAUCUGAAGAGAUUGAGAAGCUUUAUGAAUAAGCAUAUAGUUACAUUAUUAAUAUAUUUACCUCAUGACAGGGGAACCUCCCAACUUAAACUCCAGUUGGCACUAUUAAAUGGAAAAGGCACACUCUUCUCUUAUUCAGAUCUGUAAUACCUGCUAUAAAAUAGAAUAAAGAAACAUUAAAAAUAAAUGCACCUUCAUUUGUUACAUUUUCAUGCUUUGAACUGAAUUUUGUAUGAGUAUUUAUUGUGUAAGUAUUAAAUAAUUUGGAUUAGUUUAGAACUUGAACGUUAAUGCUUCACCAGCAGUUUAAAAGCAAAGAAACUGGUUGUUAUUUUAAGGAGGUACGUUUCUGUAACAGUAAUGAGGUUGUUUAAUGAUUUGGUUCAGUUUUUUUCUAUGGAAAACUGGUUUUAUGGUUGAGUAUGUUAUGGAGAAGUUUCCAUGUAUUUUAGAAUCAUUUUAAAAUUGAACAACCAAUUUUAAUUACAUGCAGAAAUCUUGAAAUGAACUUUUCAUAACACACAAAUAGCUUUUAAAUCCUUAAUGAGCCCCAAUGUUCCACUUAAAGCUGUUUACAUUCAUGCCUAAUCCCAAACAAUUGAUAUUUAUCCCAAUUUGAAGUAAAAUAUGUAUGUUUAAUAUUAUAGUUGAAUUUGUUAUUUUUCAGAAAUGUCUUGUUUUCUUUGAGGAAUUGGCUGUAACCUCUCCUUUACCAUGUCAUACUGAAUAGGUCAAAUAUCAGGAUCAGUGUCUCGAUUUUACUGUGUGUGAACUGAAUAUGUGAUGUUAGUCACAUCAUCUUAAAUUUUAAUUUUUUUUUACUGACAUUUCUGACUGACAUAGAGAAACAUGUUUUUAAUUCCAGAAAAAAGUGCCAACUUUGUUUUAUCUUUCGUUAAAUUAUGUUUUACUUAGCAUUGUAGCAGACUUUACAGAAUACGUUGUUUAACAGUAACCCAAGUUGACUGUUCAGCUGAGCUUCGUGUGAAGGUGCCUCAUGGUGCAGUAUUUAUUCUUUUGGUGUUUGUCAUGUGUACACCUCAAACAUAUGUGGAGCAGUGUAGGCAGGAACAGACCACUGUGUCAUACAUAAUUGGUCUGUGCUGUGGUUGUAAAUUUGGCGAUGCAUGUAGAGUAAAUUGUGCUGCUGGUGCGAGUUCAGAGUUUAUAUAGAGCCUUGGUAGUGAGGGUAGAACCUUUUCUUUUUGUCCGUUUUAAAAUAAAAAAAUACUGUGCAUACAUACAGUUUUUUUUCAUAGACCACUCUCCAGUUCUAUCAAACUAUGAAACGAGACACCUGUAAGUCUUUUGGAAUUUUUUCAUGUUUCUGUCAGGUUGUACUGUACUGCAAAAUAUCCAUAUCUUUCAACAUUAUAGACUGCAUUUUACAUUUUGUGAUUAUAAAGAUUUGUUGAUAUCCAGCUUAAAUUUAGUUUCUGACUAUAGCUGGUGAUUAUGGCAGGUAGAAGCACUAAUCCCUAAUGCCUUUAGUUGUAUUUUUGCAUUGUUAUGUCUGACCACAAGGGGGAGAUCUUCUGUGUCAUCGUUGUAAAUACGCCAGAUUUGAUUCUCUGAUAACAACAACUGCAUUUGUUCACUUUAUUCUUGUCAUUAUGAUUGCCCUUGGUUCUUUUGUUCUGCCAGAUAGGCCAUCUGCAUGGUAAUUUUUGUCUUAUACAGUGAAGAGCUAAGAGAUGAGAACUUGUCCUAUUGAGAUGCACCCAGUUAUUGCCUGUGUCAUAGCAUGGCAGGCCUUCGUAAGAAAGUUGGUGUUGUUUUGAUCAGGCCUUUUUUACCUGGUGUUACUCCGUGACAGAGUUCCAGGUAUUUUCCAUUGGAUAUCGGGAAACGCAUGUAGGUACUGAAGUUCAGGAUAAACCAUGCUGGAUUUACAGAUUAAGGGCUGCCUGUGGUCUAGGUAAAAUGUUGUGUGCAUUUACCUUUUUUUAUCAGAAGCAUCACAUCUCUUGCAAUUGCUGGGAUGUUGCUCUUAUGAAGUAUCUGUGGUGAAGGAUAGCAUUAGCUCUUUAAAAUUUGACUUGGCUGUUCUUAACCUAACCCAUAUUCAGCACUAAAUAUCCCAUCCCAUAACAGCUCCCUUUGAAGCAUACCCACACACAAGGAUUUUAUUUGGGUUUGAACUACUGUUAGUCUUCUGACUACGCCUGUUAUUAAUUCAUCUCAGAUCCAGAGAACAUUAUUUUUGCUUCAUACAUGAUUUAAUUCAUAUCAGUAUUUUCAAUUUCUUUGAGUAAUUUGAGUAAUCUUAGCUGUUUUUUUUUCUUUUUUGUAUGAAAGGAUACACUGAUUUGGGUGCUUGUGAUAAUGUAGGUAGCCAGAGUACUUUUCCCUGAGCCAACACCUCAAAAAGUGCACAACAGCAAGAGACCCUUUAUUGAGGCGAGAUGCACUACUUUGCCUCCUGUCAUUCCAUUGUAUUGAAUGUCUGGUGCAGGGAGAUGAGAGCUGAAGUUUGUGCCUGUUUUUCUUCUUUUUCUUCUGGGAAUUAAGGAACUCAAAGUUCUCUUCAGUACUAGACACUGGUGUUAUGGACAUGCCUGGUCAAAAUCUAAAUUAUUGCCGCAGAAUCUGGUUGCCAAGUGCCAUAUGUUGAGGAAGCGAGUCUGUUGUUGUUGACAUCACUUUUGGAAUAUCCACAGAUCAGAGCAUCUGGAGUAAGUUAACUAAUCCUUGAUGAGUGCUGCGAUGACGGUAUCGCUCUCAGGAUGUAGCUCAUGACAGCAGUCUGUACUUUACGUUGUUGUAACACAUUGUUAUCAUUUAUGUGAAUCCAGUUUUUUUUAAAUGUGGUAUGUUUUAAGCAGAGUGAAUAAGAUGAUGUUAACUUUGUUGAUGUUGUGUGUGCUUAGCUAAUACUUAGUGCAUCAGUAUUUUAUUGGUAGAUAGUCAGUCAGGUAACUUACCUGAUGGCUGGCUCUUAACAAAGCUAACAGUAGCUAAGCCUGAGGAUUAUUUAGGCAGCUAUGCUUUCAAGCAUUAUCAGGACAUCUGUGGUUCCAUGUAUGUUGGUGUGUUUAGCUGUGUUUAGAGUUGGCUAAAACUAAAAUGUAGAGUACUCCCUCUCCGCAAUGAUCAAAUGUGACAGCAACAGAGCUCGACAAAAGCAUACAUUUCGCUUGUUCAUUGUUGGGAAAAUAGCACUAGCUAGUUAAAAUAAUCAAAUGUAUUGCCUUGUUGUCAGUAUAUCUAUGUAAAAACGAAUGGUUUCACCUGGGUAGCUCAGAGAGUGAUUCAGAACAGUCCGCUUCUCAGUUUGUAAUAUGCCGGUAAGUCAGACUUUAGGAAGCACUCGCCAUUUUGUGAACGUGACAAACAUCAAAUGCAUCUUUUUCAUUUUGUUAUUUAGGCCAAGAGUAGUCACCCCUGGUCCUCGAGUUCCAGAGGUAUUUCGGCUUUUGUUCUCCUCGAAGCUUGAUUUGUAUGAUGGCUCAUAGCAGUCAGAGCCUGGAUAUUCAGAAACUGAAUUGGUGACAUGCUGAGUUCCUUUGGCAUGCCGUCACCUGAAUUCAUUAAGCAAAAUAAUUACUUCAUUUCAGUAGGCAGGGGUUCAAAUAAAGAAUAAGCCAGAAACGUAUCUGAUACCGCUGGGACCAGGGAGCAUAAGUUUGAUAUAGGCUGCUUUGUUCUCUUUGCUUUUUGUAUCUGUGAUCGGGGGAGAGUCUCCUUGUGUCCUAGAUUCUUUGCACGGCCUGAUAGGACUGUUGUAAAAAUGUACAAAUAAAUGUAAAUUUGAAGUUUAACAAGGGGUCUCUGACUGUAUCAAAGUAACCAUAGUUGUUUGGGGGAGUUGAGGUAGCCAGCUGGCAACCAUAACAAUACUCUAACUAUGUCAUAAUAUGGUUUUUGCAGUUCAUCAUGGUUAUAUUUGUGUGAACUGUUUGGACUGUUGUACAUUCCCAUUGGAGAUGACUGUAUGAAAAGCCAGCUUUGCCUUUAUGUUCACCUUAAAUUUUAAUUCCUAUUUAUUUCCUGUAUCUUGUGACACAGGUAGACCUGACAUAUUCUAAGUGCAAUGAUUCUAAGUCAGUGCCUUUUACUAACUUAGUGUUUCCACGACUAUGACCCAAGUUACAAACAUUUUGUUGUUGUUGUUGUGCUUUGUUUGUGUAUGUACACAGUAUUUAAGAGCAUGCAAGGUGACCCAGGGUAACACUGCGUGAGAGUGAAACUUCAUCUAAAACCAAAAUGUAAAGGCAAGUAAAGUGUCCUGUACUUAAUGAAGUCUGGGACUGGGCUUAAGAUGUUCAUUAUUACUGUCUACCGUGAUUUAGAAAUGGAAGACUAUGUUUAUGUUUCUGCUUAUGCAGCUAUGAAGGAUGCAGUGUGUGGAAAUAUAAAAAUGCAUGUGUACCAUGGGUGCUUAAUAAAGUAGAAUUUUUACCUGAAAGUAUUUCCUCAAAAACGUUAUUGACUUAAACUGUGCUCACUUUGCAUCCUAACGCAUUAGGGAGAGAUUUAGGAAUUCACGGAGAAAUGUGAGGGCAGGGCAGUCCCAGGGUGUCAUCAGGGUUCAUUGCUUUAUUUGCCUUAAAAAUAUUGUUCUUUCUCACUUUAUGGUUCACCGAUGAUCUGGUGCUGAUCUGAUGCCUGUACUGAAGUACGUUAUUAUUAUUAUCAUUAUUAUUAUUAUUUGCUUGUCCUCACCUACACAAAUGCAUUGGUAUAGCUCCAGGGAAGGCUCUGUUCAAAGUAUAACGAGCAGUAUAACUGAUACAAAACAAGGCAUCCCUUGAAUCUCCAUGAUCUAAAUGGUAAAAAUCUAGGGAGUUGCUGCCAAAGAUCACUCCAGAUUUGACGUAUUUUUGAAGGAAAACUGCUCAUUUUUCAUUCUCAUCUGUAAGAUUUGGGACUCUAAAGGUUUGUCAAGCUCGGAAUUAAGAAGGCAACAAUGUUUAGUGAUAUUCUUGAUCAUUAAUUCUAAAUACUUAAUAUGAGUGCACAGACGUUAUUGCAAACUACUUACUCCUUUUCAUAGUUUUAACUAAGUAAAUGUUACAUGUAUUUGGUCUAUUAAAUUGACUACAGUUUUGAGGUACUGUAGAUGCUAAACCUAUUAACGUUUUGUAAAAAAAAAAAUGCAAUAAAUGGGACCACCAGGGUUUAGUGUUCAAGCGGACUGGUAGGAACGUAUAACCCUUUACUUUGUUUAUUUGUUUAUUUGUUUGUUACGUCGUUAGCAUGGUACAGCAUGUAAAUGGUAGGCUACGCAACUGAGAGUCGAGCAUCUUGGUGUUCUGCUGUAGAACCGAAACCUGCAGUUCUCAACUGAAACACUAGAGGGCCCCGUAGCAUAGGAAGUGACAAGUCAACUUCAUUCCAUGACUGUAAUUGAAACAAAUGGGGUAUAUAAGCGUGAUUGUUUAAAUUAUUAUUCACAGGUCAGGUUUUAUUUAAUGUUCAUUACAUUCAAAGGGCUGUGGGCAAGCUCUAAAGCCCCUGUUCCAGUUUCUGAAACAUAGCUGACAAAUAACAGAUUUUAAAUACAACCAAAGGUUUACCUUAUGCCAAAUACAUCAAAUUCCAGGUUUUAUACAGUAAGAAGCAGUUUGAGUGUCACUGCCUUUACUAUUUCAUGAAUUUUUAAAUUUAUGGUCAGUAAUUUCAGUUGUCAGUGUUCUAGACAUGACAUAGACAAGUACAUUUUGUGGGGUCUUGCCUCUAGAAAUAGUGACCUUAUCAAAGACAAUUAUAGAAAAGUGCAACAAAACCACGUGUAUUUCCAUUAAAUCUUUGUGGUCAAAUUAUUCAUAAUUAAGACUUACCCCUUGUUAGAAACAAUACACGUAAAUCAGGUUGUUUCAUAUGGAAGAAUGUAUUUGUAAAAUGUCAGAUUCAUAUAUCUAGUUACCAUGUCAUUUAUAUUCAAUCUAAUUGAAUCAGAUAGGUCACAUUUAGUCUUGGAGAACUGCAGAUGUGUAUUGUGAUAAAUGUGUAAAAUUCUGCUGAUGUUUUUCUCUUGUUUUAACUGUUGGAGAUGUACAUGCAAGCGUGUUUUACCAAAAAACUGUCCCCUUCAAAAAGUGUCGCCGUCUCUGUCUUAAGUUCAGUUUGAACACUAUGACUUGAUUGUGAAAGCUCUUUCAGAAUCUCUGGUGCAGUCAGUUACCUUUCCGGAAAGCCUUCCUUCUGGGGGUGCAGGAUAUCAGGGGUGCAUCUGUACUGGCUAAAAAUAGCUUCAAAUGAAAGGUAUCCUAAUCAUAUUCAUCUGAAAGUCUUAUUUAUUAUUUAUUUUUAAAGCUAUGCUUUGAAAUCUCUGUAGCUCCCUAGACUCAUGCUCUCUGCUUAAUGAUAAAGCAAGUUUAAAUGUUUUGUUACUCAAAUAUAUAUUUAUUACAUUUUCCUUCUCGAAUUGGCACCUGUGCUGAUGUUAUUCUUUUAUGAAUACAGAAGCUGGAAUUCCGUUUGCAUUUGGCUGUAUAAUGCAAAAUGGAGCGGCAUUGGGCAUUGGACAACACAGACAGAUAAAUAUCAGUUAUAGGCCCAGAAUUUCAAUAUCAUGCAUCCCUGCUCUCUUCCUUCCGUCCCCUAUCUUUGCUAAAAUCCUAAUCCUUAACCAAAGGAGACACUGUUUGAUAGCGACAGUACGAGGUGGAACAUGGAUUUGUGCUGUACAGCGUGUCUGUGCUACCGUUACAUCAGUGAGACUAUUGUUGCAAAAAUGGUCCUCAUUAAACAUUGUAUGAUGUGGAA